UAGGUUUUUGUGGCGGGUUAGUGCUGGAUGAGACCAAACUUUCCUUAAGUUACUCUUCUGCUGUUUCUGCAGUCACCUAGACUCCAAGGAGGGCUAGAUGAUUUGUGAUCCUUUGGUUGUGGUCAGCUUCUCUUCUUGGUGCCGGUUAAUGGUUUGAACCGAGGGGCUUUCUGACCCUGGGAAUUUUCACAAGGCUUCACCAUGACACUGCUGGGGUCUGAGCAUUCAAUGCUGAUUCGGAGCAAAUUCAGAUCAGUUUUACAGUUGCGGCUGCAGCAGCGAAGAAGCCGAGAGCAGCUUGCCAGCCAAGGAAUCAUGCCACCACUGAAAAGCCCCUCUCCCUUCCAUGAGCAAAAGAAGAGCUUGGAGAGAACCAAGACUGAAGAUUAUUUAAAGCACAAGAUCCGAAACAGACCUGAGCAUUCUGAACUGCUUGAUAUGCACAUUGUUCAAGAUUCAACUUCAGAAGAAUCCAUUCAAACUACUCAGAUGAAACUAAAACGAGCUCGUCUUGCAGACAAUCUGAAUGAAAAAAUUGCUCUUAGACCAGGACCUCUAGAGCUGGUGGAGAAGAAUAUCAUUCCAGUUGACUCAGCUGUGAAAGAGGCCAUCAAAGGUACCCAGGGAAACUUCACUAAAUCUUCAGAUGCCUUUGCUUUUGAAGAAGAUAGCAGCAAUGAUGGGAUGUCCCCAGAGCAGGUUAAAAGUGAAGAUUCUCAGGGAUCCACAGAAUUGGCAGCACGAAUCAAAAUAUCUGAAGCAACAUUUCCUUCAGUGUCUGGGACAACUCAGGGUCAUUCCCAUAGUUCUGAAAACGAUAUGGCUGAUUCAUCAUCUCUGCAAAAUAGCCAGCCGGAAAGUCCAAAACAGCUAAAUGGGGAGCAGACACCUCCUAUCCCUAUUACUACAUCUGUAAAGUCAAAAUCCUCAAGCGAUGGCAAGAAUCGCCACAAAAAACCUAAGGAGAUGAAGCCCAAAGUGAAGAAGCUGAAGUAUCACCAGUACAUUCCACCAGACCAGAAAGCUGAGAAGUCCCCUCCUCCCAUGGACUCAGCCUACGCCAGGCUUCUGCAACAACAGCAGCUCUUCCUGCAGCUCCAGAUCCUUAGCCAGCAACAGCAGCAUCGGCAUCCACAGCAGUUCAAUUACCCUGGGUCACAUUCCUCUCAACUGAAGCAACCAAAUGAGCAAAUGCCUAAAAUCUCAAGCUCUUCCCCUGCGACAGUCACCAAUAACCCUCUUUCUCCAGUGAAGGGAACCUUUUCUGGGCCAUCUUGCAUUUCUUCUCUCAAACCAGGUCCUCUCCCAUCCAAUCUGGAUGACCUGAAAGUGUCAGAAUUAAGACAGCAACUCCGAAUAAGGGGACUUCCUGUAUCAGGUACAAAAACAGCCUUGAUGGAACGUCUUAGACCCUUUCAAGAGUGCAGUGGGAAUUCAGUGGCUUCUUUCAAUGAAAUAACCACUGUCACUUUCCCAGUCACUCCAACAAGCUCUCUGUCCAGCUAUCCAUCACAGUCUUCUACCAGUCUGUUAUCCAAUGGCUUUUACCAUUUUGGCAGCACUAGUUCUACUCCACCCAUCUCUCCAGCUUCCUCUGACCUUUCAGUGAAUGGUUCCUUGCCAGACAGUUUCAAUGAAGGACCAAUGUCUUCCCCACAGUUCAUCUUGCACCCUUCACCUGUGCAAGGUGGUUGUGAGGAGAACCUGGUGGGAAGCAUUAACGGAGCUGGCAUCCAGCAUGAUGUUGAAAGGGUUGACACGGAGAAAGACAAAAUGCUGGUGGAAAAGCAGAAAGUCAUCAAUGAGCUGACUUGGAAAUUGCAGCAAGAGCAGAGGCAAGUGGAAGAGCUGAGAAUGCAGCUCCAGAAGCGCAAAAGAAGCCAUGGACUGGAAGAGAAGCAGCCCCCAGCACGUGUGUUUGGUUUUCCAGUCAAGCAAGAGAACACUGUGUCCAGCUGCCCAUUUGCCUCUAAGCAAGCUGCCUUGAAAGGUAAGGCUAGCAACUCUGAGGCAUUGAGUAACUGUGGGACACCUCAGAUGCCUCAUCUUGUAAAUAGCCAUUGCAUGGAACCUUCUGGACAAAAUGGCAUACUGUCCUCCACAUUCCUAAGCCCACAGUGCUCUCCUCAGCAUUCUCCACUAGAGGCAGCAAAGAGUCCUCAACAUAUCAGCCUUCCGCCCUCCCCAAACAGCCAUUACCUUCUCUCCAUGUCUCCUAGCCAUCAGGGUGAAGGUCGCAGCAGUUCUCCACAACCUAGCCGCCAUUUGUGCACAGCUCUGGUGCCGACACAAGGGGGCCCAAAGUAUUCCAUUCUGUCUGCCAGCUUUUGUAAAUCCAGUGCUGCUCUCCCAGAGGGAAAACAGCCUCCACCUUAUGCUGAUGCUGUGAAACAGCAAAUGACUCAAAGUCAGCAGAUGGAUGAACUGUUAGAUGUGCUUAUUGAAACUGGAGAAAUGCCUGCAAAUGCUAAAGAGGACCGCCCUUGUCUUCAGAAGGUACCUCAGAUAACAGUGUCUUCAGGGACUUCUGGAACACCCUUGCUACUAAAGGCAUCCACAUCAUUUGAGCAAAACACCUCAAAUCAGCUCUCCUUUGAACGCUGCUCUAGCAGCAAUAGUCAUUUGGAAAUCUUGUUAAAUUCCCACAGUCCUCUUGGGCGGUCAAGUGAAGUCACCCUCCUGAAAUUGGGUACUGAGGAACCUCACUUUGAUGGCACAAUGGAAGGAUUUUCUAACAAGGCUGCCGAUGAACUAGUCUCACCCCACGAGAUCCUGCCAACUCCCCUCUCGCCCAUGGAGACUCAGUUGUCUCCCUCAUCUGGUGAAGGAUCUGGUUUGCACAUGAGCUUCACAGAGUCUCCCUGGGAAACAAUGGAAUGGCUGGACCUCACGCCACCAAGCUCAGCCAAUGGUUUUGGUUCCCUUACCACAACAGGGCCCAGCAUCUUUAACAUUGAUUUCUUAGAUGUUACUGAUCUCAACUUGAACAGCACUAUGGAUCUGCACUUACAACAGUGGUGAUCAAAGCAAGCUUUAAAAAUGAGGAGGCAACCAACCACAAGUAAUUUCUGUGGAAAGAUUUAAAAGACUAUUUCAGCAUGCUCUGGAAUCAUCGAGAGAGAAAGAAAAGAACUGGAGUCACUUUUCCCAGGGCGUAAUUUAUCUUUUCACCAUCAGUGGAUUCACCAAAUAAUUAUUUCCUCUCCCUGCUACACUCAAAACAAACAAUCCUUCAUCUCUAACACAAGUUUCUUCCUCCCCUUUAUAAGCAAAGCCAGCCCCAGGAAAUGUAGCUGAGCAAUAGCUACUCAUCAAUUCCAACCUCUUCCAGGGGAGAUUGUCUAUGCAAGACAACUGUACGUUGCCCAAACCUGUCAGUAUUAGCCCUAACAGGCUUAUCUAACUAUAUGACUCCGUUAUGGGCGUAUUUGUAGAUUCCAUACACUGCUCCUAGGGAACCUUUGCCCUUCAUGCUUAUCAUAUAUAUGAACAGUUUUACUGUUGUUGUUUUUCUCCAAGUCAUCUUGCUCAGAAGCAUCAACAGAUCAGCAACCUUUUACUAUCUUUUUUCAAAACUGAAAUAAUCUUCCAGCAUUUCCCUGAAUAUUUUUCUCUCUCUGUUUUACGUUUAUUUAUUCCUGUUGUUUUGUUUUAAAGACACAUGCAGCAGAGCUGAAGUAACAUGACUUAUUUUGUGGUGGGCACUCUUCUUGGAAAGGAUUUCAAAAUGGAAAAAGAAGCAAGUGUAGAAAUAAGAGGUCUUUAAUUGAGUGUAAGUUGGAGGGGAGCCUCCAUGGCCUCAUCAAUUUUCUGCUUUAAAGGUACAUUCCUCCUUUAAUAAGUACUUAUCUCAUUUUUUAUUUUUUUAUUAAAUUAAAAUAUAAACAUAUAUAUGUAUGUAUAUAAUUUGAGAUACAUAAAAGGUUAUAACAGAUUAGCACAUAACCAUUAUUAAUCCAUCAUUCAAAAUCUUUAAACAAUUGAUAUUCUGAAUAUAAAUAUUGUCCAUGACCAUUAGUGUAGAAAUUCCAAAUAUCCAUAAUCAGAUCAUCAAAAAUAAAUUUACCAUGAGCAAUAAUCACUAUUUAUAAAAUGGAGAAGAUGGGGAAGAUAAAACCUUUAUUUUGAUGUUCAGAAAUCUCCAUUAUUCUUCAGAUCUCUUUGUACUGGGUAGCCAUAUGUUGUACGAAUGUACCAAAUAAGUUUAUUCAGUAAGUCCCAAUGUUUAUUGUAUUGUCCUCUUGCUUCAGUGUCUUUCCUUUUGAAAUAUUUGCAUAUAUUAUUUUUGCUGCCACUAUGGGGGAAAAGCAACAACAAUCUCCUUGCCUUUUGGUACCACAGCUCCUUGAAACAAUACUAAAAGCAUAGGAAUCUAAAGUAAAAUUAAUGAAAAGCUAUCUUAAGACCAGAAAUUGCUUGGUGUGGAACAAGUAUAUCACCAGUACAAUUUCAGUCUGAGCUAUUACAUUUUGUUGUUCUUGUUUCCACAUUUUAAUUCAUUUUUCUCUGAGAGGUCUAUGAACUGCCUAAGCCAGGAAGUGUUCUACUUAAGUGGAAAAGCAGCUGUGCUGAAUUUCUCUGAUUUCUUCAGUCUACUGCAACUUCCUAAGUUUCAUAUCUGUUGCCAUUCUAGGGGAUCCAUCAACCCACAAAAAUACUUCUCUGUGGGUUAGUAUCAAGUAGGGGAAUAAAGUCAGGAAAGCUGCAGUCUGCAAAUGGAGUUCCUUUCAGUUUUAUCUGGAUCCAAAGCUGUUGUAUUAAUACCGCAUAAUUAUUAAUAACCAUUGACUUGCUGCAGGCAUCAUUCCUAGGAUUCAUUACCUAAGAUUUCUAAGAGAACAAUCUUGCUGCCGUCAAGGUUGUAAGAUAGUGGAUUGUCCACAGCUUCAGAAGACUUGAUAGCUAGUUUUGGAAAGAGAACCCUGAAGUUGUGUUUUUGCUUUUCACUAGUUAGUAAAAACAGCUCCAAAAAACCCCUCUCAAUAAACAAUUUUUUCUCCAAUGCUUAGUGAAAGGCGUUGUUUAUAAGCGCUCCUUCAAACCAACCUUAAAGUUUAAAAUUUUAAUUUAAAAUUUUAUUAUACCUGGCGCCAGCAGGCAAAGAUUGCAGGAUAUUCAUAUUUAGCAAUCUCUGAAUUAAGGGCAAGAGGUAGCAAACAAAUUUGAUUGAGACACAUGUCCGCUAUAUUUAUCCAAAAUCAACCAAAACCUUUGGAUCACACACCAUUACUUUGCUGUAGUGUGUGUGUGUGUCAGUUCUGCUGAUUUGGUUCCAAAGGAUUCCAACAUUUUCCUCUUCCCCAUCUCAUUUUCUGUCCUGGCCGACAUCUUCAAAGUAGCAGUUCCUCCAAUAUGGACUCUCUUCCCACUCCAUGACAUUUCUAUGCCGAGGACCACCAGAAAUCAGGCAAUAUCAAACCACUGCUCGCUGCCUUCUUACGGUUUAGAAAUCUUGCUAUUUGUCACUUUUGCAUAAAACACUGUAAUAGAACUUUACAAUCUCUCUUUAUUACUAUUUUUCAAUAUGGAUAUGCUAUAAAAAUGUAAAUGUAUUUGGUGAAGUACUGAUUGAACUAUGGCAGUCCUUAAUAAGCUAUAGCUUUUGUUUUGACAUUCAUCCAUUUCUUGUUCCUUUUAAUUCCCACUUCAUUUUAAUUUAAUUUAACUUUUAUAAAUCUUUAAGAGAGUAAGAAAGGGAGGGGGAAAAACCUUGACUGGAAAAUCUGUUUUAAUCACUGUUGAUACUUUCUUGCUUAGACUUCAGUGACAAUAAUUUAGUUUAGGUAAUGUUCCAUUUAUUGCCUAUGACAGGACAAAUUCAUUAGUACAUUCAGUAUUUCUUCCAAAGAAGGAUCUGUGUAUCUGAUAUAAUUUGUGUAACCAGAAAAAAUUACUUUCUUAAUCCUUAAUCUCUAGAUUACAUUUAAUAUCUCUCAAUAAUAGCUUUAAAUAUAAAUUAAGUUUGGAGGAUAAUGACAGCUUUCUAUCAUGUGCCAACCCAAACCAGGACAGCUUCCCAUGAAUGAAAACUUUAUCUUCCAUUAUUUCCUUAAAUUUUCUUAUUUUUGUUAAUGCAAAAAUAUUGAAUGCAAAUUUCCCUGCAUUCAAGAUUUUGUAGUUUUGUUCUCAGAACUUCUUCAUAAUUGUCCACAUCAGUUGAAAACUGGAAAAAAUGUUAAAACAUCUCUAGGAUUGAAUAACUGGGCACAUGGGUGUCCUGCAUUUUUAUAAACAAAUAAUUCAGAAGACAUUAGUAUCUUUCAGAAUCAACUUUAAACUAAGCUGCAAGUUCUCUGAUUAUUUCUCCCUGUAUAUGUCUUCUAUCACUAGGACUUCACUUGAUUUCAGUUAUCCUUAUUCUCUGGUAAAUGGAUACUGGCUAUUAGGGCUAUUAGGUCAUUUAAAAGUCUCCAGUUGGUUUUUCAAAUCAAUUACAUUGUUAAACUACAGGAUCAGCUAGCCAGACCAGCUGUGGAAAUUUAUACUUCAGUAUUUUUCCUAAACUUUUAAAAUCAAGUUACUCCAAUUUUCUGUUCCAAAAAGGGGAGUCUUGCGUAUCUCGUCCUGCUUCAUUCUACAUCCCUUGAAAUUCAAAGCAUGCAUCGUAGCAUAUGUUGCACAGUCUUAAUAGUUCCAUAUAUAUUCUUUAAAUAUUGUUGCUCCUCUGUCACGUAAACUUUUACUCACCAUUUUAGCUGUCUGCCAAGCAUACUUUUUUUUUCUAUUUAAUUAAAAAAGUGGUCAAACAAUUACCGCUUUCCUUUGAAAGACUAAAAUGUUUUUGGUAAUGGUAUUUCCUUUAACAAUUUGGUACUAAAUAUAUCUUGUUAAUUUAAUGUUUUAAUUUAAGUAUUGAUUCAUAAAUAAAUAAAAGCAAAUAUAUAAAUAGGCAAUGAUGGAUAAUAUAUGGAAGAAAUAUUUAAGGAAGCAUCAUUUUAAGAAAUUCCUAUGGAUUUGUAGAACCAAUUGAUAAGUAAUUCAAUAACAUAAGUUCAUAAUAACACAAUACCGUAAUAAUCAUAAGUUCAAUAAUGUGAUUUAUUCUCAACGUAAAUAAGACAGCCAAUGUGGCCCAGGGGUUAAGGUGCUGGGCUAGGAGUGAGGAGACCCAGGUUCUACUCCACCCUCAGCCAUGGAUGCUCCCUGAGUGACUUUGGACCAUCGCUCUCUCUCAACCCAAAUGACCUCACAGGAUUGUUGCUGUGGGGGAAAAAUACAAAGGAGUGCUAGCAUUAAGUAUCCUGCCAUAUUGAGCUUCUGUGUAAACAGCAGGCUACAAAUCUAAUAAAUAAUAACAACUGAGAAUGAAAAAGGUACAAAACUAAUUCACCAAAUAAACAAGUGAAAAGAAAAAGUUUUUUUUUU